UUCCUGUUCUACUUAAUGUAUUCGAUUGAAUUGUUUAGCCCAGCUUGAGAAAUCAGCAGCAAACUAGACUCAUAAUAGACCAGCCUUCGUCGUCAUUAAUAAUCAUUCGUCCAUAUCAAGUGCUUGUAAGCUAAAAUCAUGUCUGAAUUGCUCUGGAAUCAUGGAAGAAUAUCGAAGGAAGAAGCAGUCAGACGAUUUCGUCAGUUCCACCCUGAUGGUAGCUUCUUAAUGCGAAACAGUGAAACAGUAAUGAAUGCUUUCGUUCUUUCAGUCGGAUUUCAAAACAAUGUUUACCAUUACAGAAUACUUCAGGAUACGUCAAGGCGUUUGCUGUUUGAAAAUAGAAUAUACUAUUCGUUGGCGGAUAUAGUGGAAUAUUACGGAAAGUACAGAGGUUGUCUUGUAUGCACCCUGAAACACCCGGUAUUGCCACCGUUACCAACUGCGAUCGAUCAACAUAACGGUUAUGACGUACCUAAUACCAGUCACAUGUAUGAAACAUGUUCAGGAGAUCGUGGUUAUGAAAAUGUAGAGUUACACUCAAAGUCACCAUCAUGAAGAAAACAAAAUGGAGGUUUGACAAAAAACACAAUAUAUUCUUGAACAGUCCUAUAGCUUUCAGUACCUUAUACAAAGUAUUUAAAAAAGGUUUAUAGGGUGUAUAGUCUAAUAUAAAAUUAUAUCGCACGUAUGUAGAAGUACCAAUGAGGGGAAAUUUCCCAGGUGAUGCGAUAGAAUAGCUAAAGCAUUUGAGAUGUUAGACGAGUCGUAUUAUAUCGUAGUAAGCUAACAGUGGUCGAUUCAGGGUAAGUCAGAAUAAAUUAUACGGCCAAGUUUCAAAUUCAAAAUACUUCAUAACAACGCUAUUGGUUAUUCAUUCUAUUUACAUAUGUAAAUAUCUACCAAUGAUUGCAACUGUGGAUACACAGAAUGGUAAUCUGUAUUCUGUAAUGUAUUCCAUAAUUUAUACAGUUCGACUUGAAUAAA